AUGGGCAGGAGGGUGGCUGACCCAACCAAUCCAGUGCCUGCGCUGGGGGUUCCCCUGGCAGGGGGGCGAUGGGGCCCACUGUGCAGUGUCGGGGUGCAAACAUCUCCCGGACUGCGGACUCUCCCCUCCAUCAAACGACACGGCAGCCAACCAACCAACACGCAUCGGCCACUCAACAUGGCAACAGACAAAACAACGACAGCAGAGACAGCGGGAGUUAUAAGAAGUGACAGCACCAGUCUGCCAGUGUCCAAGGAGACAUCUCAGAACGAGAUCAACAGCCUGACACAGAGCGACAUGGGGUCACAGGGGUCAGGCAGUGGAGUUUACUGCCAGAUUAAAACUAUACGGACAAAUCCCAAGGACACAAGAGCUAAAAGGACAGCUCGGUACACAAAUGGCAGUGUGGUAGCCUCCGACGUGGUAGGUGGGGUCUGCACUGAGAACACAGAAGGUAAGGAGCCAGCCCACGAGAGGAGGAGGGUGCAGUCUCUCCGUGGGGAGGGCCAUCGCUCAGUAUUAAAGACAGGGAGCGCUUGUACAACCGUGCACGCCACCCCACCACGUCCAUGUCGAGUGAUGGCGACCUCUCCACCCCGUCUUUGUGGAACGUGCGGGAGGAGACGGUCGCAGAUUACACCAUGCACAGGUGCAUGUCGCAGGAGGGCUGUCAAUCAAAUAACAGCCAGCCAGACUUUACCUAAUCCAUCUCGGACACAGUCUGUGGCUCCCAACCAGUCAAGAAAAGAGUCUGCUCUGGACUCUCAGUCUUGCACCAAAAACACAGAGACGGCAAACACCUCAACUCACACAUCAGUAAAGCCUAUUCAAAUACCACAGCUGUCACACACUAUACCAAAAACACACAGCUCACAUUCCAACCACACAUCGCACACUCAGAACAAAUCAAAAGAUUUAAAGCAGCAGGCAAGGCCACAUUCGGCAGACUUUACUCAUUACAAGGACUCAGCCACACAAACAACAGACAUGCACACGCAAAACACAGACAGGACCACAGCUACCACUCACACACCAUCUGCAGAAGCAACAGAACCACAUUCAACACACAAGUACGACGUGGCUAAAAUCCACCCUGAUGAACACAAACACCCAUCAGUCCGUAUCAUUUCUAAACCUUCAGCUUCCUCCAUUCAGAGUGACUCAAAAACUACCAACACCCCACCUCUCCCACCAAAAAAUUCUCCUAAACCCACUACACUUGCAACCAAAAACACCCAGGAGACCACGAAUAUUCCCAAACAAUCAUCUUCAGAACGGAUCAAACUCAAGGACUACGCAAAACAGAAGAGCAAAUCAUUUGACGACCAAACUCUGCCUUGUAAGACUCAUAUGAAAGCACAAUGUAAUGGGGCUCCAGGAGGAUUGUUGGGUGGACAAGUAGGGAACGCUCCACGUGGGCUAGAGAGGCAGCUGCAGAGUGUGGAGGAGAACCUAGUGUCCAAUCAGGAGAAGAUCAAGGUGCUUCUCAACGUCAUUCAAGACCUGGAGAAGAGCAAGGCCCUCAGCGAAGGUCGCAGCUCAUACAGAACUGGUCAGGACAUUAACAACUGCCCCACCUGCCAAAAGACAGCCUGCAUCAUCUACAGUGUGGAGCAUGAUUUCCGACAGCAGGAGGGACGCUUACAGGGGGUUAUGGAGGCCCUGGAGGGGGAGUAUGAUGUGCCUGCACCCGCUCUGACCAAGCCGACGCUAGCCCCUUCCUCCUCCAGCCGCCCCAGCACUAAGGCCCGUGUCAAGAAACUGCGGAAGAAGUGUUUCUGGUGGCUGUAA